CAGCCCUGAUUGCAGACCACACGCGACAGUGAAAUGCUCAAAAUCUUUAUAACGCUGACACUUUUAAACUCCUGCUUGUGUCUGAAUACCUCCGGUGCACUCUACAAUGAAGUCUUCGAUUACCACGCGGAGACGUAUCUAAGAGCAGAAUUCGCGUACCAAGUCGUCCUGAAAAUCUUCAACGCCUUCCAGCAAUGGUUUUUUACAGUCACCUUUUGCGAAUUCACGUACUUCGAGAACAGGAUCCUAAAAUACACCGAGACCUUCGGGUAUGGAUAUCCAGUCAUGCUUUUGAAUGGAUGCCAAGAUCCGAAUAGUACUCAAGUUAAACCUAAAUUAAAUAGGCAUGGACGGACCGCAUACAUUGUGACUUCGAACAAACUGACAGUUGAUGAUAGCGAUAUCGUCAUUGAUGCAUUGACCAAAACUGGGGUUUUCAAACGUAGGUCAACAGUGAUAUUUGUCUUGAAUAUACCUGUUGAAAUCGACAGUUAUUUUUACUAUACAAUGAAGAUGCAUUUCGAAUUGCUCUGGAGCAGACGAAUUACAAACUCUGUGAUAGUACUUUGGGCAGAUAGGCUAAGAAUGUACACAUAUAACCCAUUUUACCAAAUAAUCAGAGAAAUAACUAAUGUUCGUGACAUAACCAAAUUACUACAGGAACAAUAUGAUGAUCUGAAUGGACGCGAGUUACGAUUGAGUGUUUUCAGAAAAAUCUAUACUUCAUCUGAAAGUGGUCCAGUUUAUUGCACCUCGCGGCUAGCAAAAACAGUAAUGCAACGUAUAAAUGCAACCUGCAAACCACUGAGUCCUAGAGACGGCAGCACUGUAGGAGAUUUACUAGACAACGGAACAGCCACAGGAGUAACGGCUGAUUUACUAGAUGGGUAUACAGAUUUGGAGUUGAACUCAAGGAUUUUAAAAAACUCCUAUUACGGCUACAUUGACACAACCUAUCCACUUGGCCAAGACAAUCUCUGCUUCUUAAUAAAGAAGUCCGUCCAACAAUCAGCUUUUAUGACUACACUGCAAUUAAUCACAGUGGACAUGUUAAUACUUUUUACUUUUAAUGUAAUAGUCCUGAUUGGUCUUAGUGUAGUAAUACGUAGGGUCGAGAAAAACAUUUGGAAGAUUCAUGAUAAACAAUGUACGUCAGAUACAGUUAUAGAGUUGAUAAAAUGUUUCAUAAGGCAAACAGUAGAUAUCAAAUUUCCUGGACUGAUCUUCAGAUGCGUUGUUUUAGCUACCAUGAUAUAUUCUUUAGUCGUUAAUUGCGCUAUUGAUGGAAUUAUCACAUCAUCUGUAUCAUAUCCAAGAUAUAAGCACGAUGCGAAUACAAUAUCAGAAUUAGUGAAAGCAAAUUUUACAUUUGGAGUUCAUAAUCGUCACAUGAAGAUUUUCAAGAAGAGCCUCAGUGGCGAGUAUUAUUAUGAAAUUAUAAAACGAACCGUGACUUUUAACGAUCAGAAUAUAAAAGACGCCAUUGAUAAAAGACAGUUUCAAUACGCAUUUUUGUUAAGAAAAUCUGAUGCACAAUAUAUCACCAGAAAGCCGACAAAUAUGGAAAAUGGAAGACCACUCUAUCACAGUGUUGCAGAGUGCCCUGUUCCGUGUUCUAUUGUAUACGGCUUACGCUACGGAAGUCCAUAUUUACCGAGACUCGAUAAUAUAUUGGGGCACCUAAAUCAAGGUGGAAUAUUGGAAUACUGGAGCAAAUCUGAUGAGUACACUUUAUUUCAAACUCAUAACAAAGUUCUGUACGUUGACAAUGAUAAAGGGCAGACAUCUUUAAAUGUGAAGAAUCUUAAAGAAGUCUUCUUUGUUUGGUUCAUUGGGAUUUUUGUAAGCUUUAUUAUUUUUGUUAUUGAACUAUUAGUUCAUGCUUUGAAUAAAAAUGUACCAUCAAUUUAG